ACCUUCGCCCCGCCCUAUUUUCCGAAAACACUUAUUUCCCCCUUUCCAUUAUAUUGGGAUUAUAUAAAACCUAUUAAAUCUUAUCGCAUAAUUCAUUUGCAUUCUCAAGAACUCAGGAGAAGUCGAGAUGAUGUUAGCCUCCCUCUUUAUAGCUGCUUUUGUGUCGCUAGCCCUCAUUGAAGAUGGCAGAGCCGAUUCUGUGACGUAUGGUGAUCUAGGAACCUUCGAAUAUGGAAAUGGCGCCCCCAUCUGCCAUCACUUCCGUCCAGAAAGCCCCGAUGCGAUUGUGAUCAGGUACUGGCUGUACACGAACAGCAACAGGAAUUACGGCCAGCAAUUAGACCGCACAUCGUCCUCCUCGAUCACCAGAUCGUAUUUCUCGGCGAGCCGAGAUACGAAGUUCGUCAUCCAUGGAUAUACGGACGAGUACACGUCUGGCUGGGCUAUGGACAUGAAGGACGCCCUCUUGACUGAGAACACCAAUGUUAUAAUGGUGGACUGGAAAGAGGGUGCCGGGCGUCUCAACUAUGCCCAGAGCCGAGCCAACACCCGGGUAGUCGGUCGAGACAUUGGAAAGCUCAUAGAGAAACUCAGGUCAACAACGGGGGCGUCCUACGGCAGCAUGCACAUCAUCGGGCACAGUCUGGGGGCGCACACCGCAGGGUAUGCUGGCGAGGCUAGGUCUGGUGUCGGCAGAAUUUCAGGUCUUGACCCAGCAGGACCAGAAUUUGUGGGUUACGAGAUAGAAUGCAAGCUGGAUCCUUCGGAUGCAUCUUUUGUUGACGCUAUACAUUCAGAUGGAGGUGCUACCGGCGCAGGGCUCAUGGAACAGCUUGGUCACCAGGAUUUCUACCCCAACGAGGGGAUAAGUCAACCAGGAUGCGAGGGUACAUCACUCAUCGAAGCGUGCGACCACAUGAGGGCUAUCCACCUUUACACCGAGAGCAUCACCUCAAGCUGCAACUUCAGCCCAUCCAAGAAGUGUAGCACCUGGUCGAGCUACCCCAGCUGCCCCAGCUGCGGUACCUGCCCCGAGAUGGGCUACUGGGCCAACAAGGGCCGUGGAAGCGGGGCAUUCUUCAUCGAUACGAACGGACAAAGUCCCUUCUGCAUGUAAAAUCUCUUCUUUCAAAAUGCUACGAUUGAUAAAAUAUAAAUAAAAAUUAAGUCCUCAUCAACAACGCAGAAAACCGAUUAUCUAAGGACCGGGCAAAUGUCCAAAAGUGCAUUACACAAUUAAGAUGUUUGAAUAGAUAUGACUGGAAUUACAUAAUCAACCCUUCAAAGUGUUGUUCUUGGAAUAUUUCCUUAUGCAUUGAACUAUGCAUCCAUAUCAGGGCAAGCACUCGAUAGAUUUCCUUAAGAUUGUUAUGGUUAUGCCAUUAAAUACUUCCGAGAAUAUUCAAAUACAUAUUGUUCGAUUUGUUUCCUAUGUUACGACCAGAGGAAGAUGAUAUCCAACUGAUAGUAUACAACUCCCACGAAUGUUCUGUAAUCUGAUUGGUCCGAAUCGGAUCAC